UGUUGUCCUCCAGACGUAAACAGAGGGCGGCCCGCCCAGCCAAGACCCACCGCAGUGUAGAACCACCGACACGUAGACUGAUGGAUCCAUCCUUCGAACACCCCCAUCUCUAGACUCUGCCCUAGGAGAAAGAGACUCAUCGCUGUGCAAAGCGUGCUGCCCGCGAUUCCGAAAUCCCAUUGUCGCAGCCAAUGUAGCCGUACACGUUGCAGCGCCGAACCGAUCAGAACUGAGCGAGCGGCGCCGCAUCUUCGCCGUAUCGUGUCGCAUCGCUCGCAGCCUCACGAUGCCGCUCGUCACCCCUUCGAGGAUCGUCUCUGGCGUGAUCUCAUUGCUGUUUCUCUUGCUGCUGUGGAGAUAUGGCAUGCCUGAGGAUAUAUCCUCGUACAAACAACCUAUCCUCGGCCACGACGAUAAUCCGCAUUUCCCCCUUUCCGAGUCGCUGGCGUCGUCGCAUGAUAAGACGGGAGGCUCUGGCGGCGAAGACAUCAUAUCGCCGCCUCCGUUCGAUUCGACACAAUCGCCUUCUCCGCUCGGUUCCAAUGCAGAAGCCGAGAAGAAGCCUUCCCACAUCACGCCAAAUACGUUGUGCCAAGAUGUCCGCGGCGCAUCUUCCGUCAUGAUCGUGCUUCGAACAAGCAAGGUCGAGCUCGAAAAGAAUAAUCUCCCAGCACAUUUGACCAAGCUCCUUGAGUGCGCUCCAAACGUGGCAGUAUAUAGCGAUCAUGUCUCCUCCCUCUCCACUACCACAACCGGCCCGAGCAUUCCCGUCCGCGAUGCCCUCUCCACCAUUGCGCAAAGCACAAAGGACAAGCACGACGAGUUUCGCCCGUACGACAAGAUGCUGUCAGAUAACUCCUACACUAGUUCUCCACAAUAUGCUUCAGCGCUCGACAAGUGGAAGUACCUGCCCAUGAUUUACGAUGCCUUCACGAACUCUCCCAAGCACAAAUUCUAUCUUUUCCUCGAACCUAACACGAGCAUCACCUGGACGAAUCUUCUACAAUGGCUCGACCGCCUCGAUUCGCGCAUCCACUACUAUGCCGGCGCCCCCUCCACUAGUCCAGACACGAAAGUCCGUUUCGCGCAGUCCAGCGCCGGGAUCCUCCUCUCGUGGGGCGCUCUACGCCGAUACGCGAAGUCAUACGAAGAGCGAUACGCUACAGAGUGGGAAUCACAUGUAGGGAAGGAAUGCUGUGGGGAAAUCGCACUGGCAAACGCCAUGACCGAUUCAGGCGUCGAAUUCAUUUCCUCGUUUCCAAUCCUACAGACCCAGUCUCCGAGCACACUUCAAUGGUCUGAGCGGCAUUGGUGCUCGCCGAUGGUCUCAUGGGGCUCCACCGAGGAGGAGGAUGCCAGUAAGCUGCAGGAUCUUCAGCAAAAGUGGACUGUCAAAAGAGGUUGGACAACGCCGCUCCUCGCGCGGGAUGUAUUUGAGGAGGUCGUGAUGCCGCGGUUGACCAAGAUCAAAACCGAAUGGGAUAACGAAGUUGGCGACACCGUCAUCAGAGGCGAACCUGGAUUCAAAGAGAAAGAAGAAGAACGCAAAAAGAACGAAGCCGAAUCCGAAAAAAAGAAACAGCAAGAAAAGGAAGAGGAAGAUCGCAAGAAGAAACAGGAAGACGACGAAGCAGCAGCGAGAGAAAAAGAAGAAAAGGGCAAUAUAAACCCGCUCCGAUUUCACCGUCGCGCCCCUUCAAAUACCACUUCAGUAUCGUCUACCGCAAAACCAUCUCCAACACCCCCUCCCCUCCGCCUCGCCGCUACCUCUGUCACCGCAUGCGAAGAAGUCUGCCAACUUGCAUCCGACUGCCUACAGUGGCGCUACACCCCCUCCGGCGAAGGCGAAUGCCAUCUAGGAAAAUCGGUUCGCCUGGGCCGGUCUACUAAAAAGUCACCCCCUUCGCAACACGAACCGCGUUCCCCAGCCCCAGCUCACCCCGGCGUCGGGAAAGACAAAGACGAGAAUAAGGAAAUAGAGGAUCUCAAAAACAGCGAGAGAGAGUGGACGUCUGGCUGGAUCGUAGAGCGCAUCGAAAAGGUUACGAAAGCCUGGAAAGGGUGUGAGGGUACAGCGGAUUGGAGGUUUAAUGGUUGAAAUCAUCGCGGGUGGUUUUGUAUAUGAAAUGGGCCUACCUCCUGCUUUUUGAGGGGCUUCUCACAAGCGAGCAUGCGGUGUUUUCCCGAUGUAGAGGAAGGGUAGACUUUUGUUGCAUAUACCCUGCGGGAAGGCAUGAUUGGAUUAGUGUCUUAUGGGAUGGUGCUUGUUUGAUAGAUAAGAGGGUUUGGUAUACUGGAGUGCUUGGGUUCUGUUUUUAGCGUGUAUAGGGAUAGGUCAAUGAAAUGCCAAUCUUUCGAAUUCGUUAUCUUGUAUCAUGUGUGUGACAGUAAAUCUGCUCAUUAUAUGCUAUGCCUUCACUGUGGAAAAGACCAUCAUUCUCGUACAAUC